AUGCUUUCGCAUCACUACGGAACAUUGCCGCGCACUCCUCCGACAGACGACAGCAGAUUCUCGCCCUCGGCGGGGAGCAGGUCGGUGUCGAAGCUCUCGCGCUGUUCCGUGGGCGCGAUUCAGGGCCCAGUCGCUCUGUCGCGGCAUUCCUGCGCAACCUUUCAGAAGGCCACCAUGGUGUGGUGCCUUUGGCCAGCGCGGGCUUCCUUCAGCUGGCAGAGGAAGAAUUGGAUGACAAUCUUGGGGGACCUCAGGUUCGGCGCCACAUCCUCGCUGCAUUGCAGAACAUGGCGGCACAAGUGGGACAAAGCAACUUGGCAUCUCAGACUUUUCUGA